UUAAAGUGGUUGAAGACGAAGCAAAGGACGAGCGGCUCGUCGUCAAGUCCAGUUCAACAUCCAACUGUGUUUGGUGCACAUUGCUCCUCCGGUGAAGAAGCAGAAGCUGUGAGACAGAAAAUACAAGAUUACAGGACAUCUGAGCAUAAAAAGAGCUGCUGUCUUUAACACAGAGGAGGGAGAAGUGCCUUUUUGUCAAGUUACCAACUUUUGAUAUUGGUGACUGAACAGUCCUGACCAUGAGAAGUGUGCGUGCGUGCUUCUGUCUGGCUCUGCUGCUUCCUUUGUGCGUUCAGAGCCAGAGGAGCAGUCUGGCUCUUGCCAAACUCGAUGAAGACACAGAGAGGGACAUGCUGGCUGUCGACAUCUUAAACCGCAACGGUGCGUUGAGCUCACUGCUCCGAUCACAGCAUCAUCUCAUGCUCAGGCGAGCCCCGCGCCCUGCCUCCCAGGUGCCAAAGAGAGCCCAGCAGGGGUCCCGUUUUGCUCUGUCCCUUGAUGUUCCCACCAGCAUCCUCAGUGUACUCAUAGACCUGGCCAAGAAUCAGGACAUGAGGACCAAGGCAGCAGCUAAUGCAGAGCUGAUGGCACGAAUAGGCAAGAGGAAAUGAAAGCCCCCCGGAGAAGUUUGAAGGCUUGAUGGAGGAAAUCUCACUUCACAACAGAGCUAACACAUUGCGGCACUGACACCUGGUUAGAAACAAUGUUAGUUCAUGUGAAAGUAGUCAUUGCGGUCAGUAUCUGUCCUUUAGAGCUUAGAUCUGCUUUACUUUUAUACUUAUAUUUAAUCCAUUUACAUUACAUUCCACACACAAACCACACCAUGGACUGAUUAAUCACUACAGUGAUGUGAAAAAAACAACAACAAUCACAACAAGGACACUGCAAACAAUGUAAGAUGAUGCUGGUGUUUAGUCUCAGAUACUCUCCACUGGCUCCCAAACUGUGACUCGGAGAAGUGUUUUAUUGUAUUUGCAUGCAAUCCGUAGAAAACAUACAAUUAAAUCCAAUAUCAUAAUCCAUUUUUUCUCAAGUCUAAUUCAUUUCUGCACUGAUAUCAGGCACGCUUGCCAUAAUUACAAGCAUCAGCAGCCCAUAAAGCACAAAUGAAUGGGUCUCAGCCAAAUGAGCCUGCGUCACCCACAGCAGGCGCUGAUGGGUGAUAACAGGACAAAGACACGCGCAGGAUAUUGACCUCUGAAAAGAAGAAGAGACCCUUUCUAAAAACCUUUGUUCACUACUGAUACAUUUGGCAAACAAGUCACAGCUAUUCUUAGUCUGAAGCCCUAUCUGCUCUGGAUUAGACUAACAUCUAUGGCAUAAUUAAUCUGUGCUCUUACUCCAAGCAAGAAAUGUGAAGCAACAGAGUGAA